GCUUUAUUGUGCACGUGCUUUGCUAUGUUGUCAAACAAACGCAAAGUACGAACUACAGUGCAAUAAAGCGCCCAAUCAUUUAAACAGGUGUGAUGGUGGUGAAUUUCUCGUUUGCUGCGGCUGGGUUUUUAGGAGCUUAUCAUCUCGGUGUAGCAAAGGCGUUACUGAAGCAUGGAGAUAAACUGCUGUCCUCUUUAAAAGCCUGUGCUGGAGCUUCAGCUGGUGCUUUAGUGGCCGCUAUGAUGAUCACUGCUCCUGAUAAACUGCAGCAUUGUAAGGAAUUCACCUACAGGUUUGCCAGUAAUGUAAGAAGUCAGAGGUUUGGAGCGGUGACACCUGGAUAUGACUUCAUGCUUGAACUGAGGGAGGGCAUCGAACAGAUUCUCCCACCCAGUGCGCACCAGUUAGCCAAUGAACGCCUCCACGUUUCAAUAACACACUCAAAAACGCACAAGAACAGCAUGGUGUCCAGCUUCACCUCCAGGGAAGAUCUCAUUAAGGUGCUCUUGGCCAGCUGUUUCGUGCCUGUCUAUGCUGGAGUGAAGCCAGUGGAGUUCCAAGGGCAGAAAUGGAUAGAUGGGGGUUUCACAGACAGCCUUCCUAUUCUUCCUGUGGGACGCACAAUCACAGUGUCACCUUUUAGUGGCCCUCAGGAUAUUUCCCCAGAGCACAAGGGCAAGAGUAAGAUUCACCUCAGACUAGCCAACAUGAGUGUUGUGUUCUCAAAGGAAAACAUCAUAAGGCUGAACGAAGCGCUGUUUCCUCCUCCAUUACCCAGACUAAAGGCACUGGAGCAAGAGGGAUACCAAGAUGCUCUUCAGUUUUUGAAGAAAGAAAAAUGGAUGCAAUAACUGAUUUACACAUUUGUAGCACUUUCAGCACCUCGACUGUCAGAAAUGUGGCAUAUUGACACCAUUUAAAGACAAUUUUUCUCAGCCGUUCCUUUGGGGUGUGCAGUAUUUUUCAGUGUAAUAACCGUACUUGGACUUGGGCUUUUUUCGUUUUAAGAAUGAAAGCAGACGCCAUACAGUACAUUAUGUAUUUCAGGAGGCUGAAUGAUCAGUCAUUUUCUGGUACUUUAAAAUAACUCAAAUGCUCUCCGUCAAGAGCCAAAACUAUACUCAGAACACACUGUGUUAUUUAAGAAUGACUUAAUGAAGUGUUUACAUAUUUCUGUAACCCCUUCUGUUGGAAUUUGUCCAUAAUUCUCUUUAAGACGUAAUCAAUCCCAAGACCAACAAUGCACCCCUUUGCCGCACAUAUCAAUGCAGGGUUUCUGUGGGUCCUUGAGGACAAGCAUGAAGAACAAGCCUUUAAAGUAAAGCACAGGAGAAGCUGUUUGAACUCCACCAGUCUCUUCACCUCUCAGAACAUCCGCUUUACUCACUUGAUUCCCCGAGAGCGUUCUGAUCAUUUUUUCUGCCUGUGAGAAUAACGUCUCCCUGGGGAAGGUUUGAGGAUUAGCAAAGGCUUGUGGGUAUUUGUGAUCUGGCGGUGUAGAGAGAAACAGUGAGAGCUGACGCACACAGCAGAAGCUCAUACUAGUUGACGUAUUAUGGAAUAAUAGUCGAUUUUUGCAAUCAAGUAGCAAUUUUAUAGACUUUUAUUGAUCUAGAGCAGUUCGAGUUGUCAAGAGAUAAAAAGAUGAUAAGAACUGCUUAUGUGAAAGUACAUCAGUUGUAAUUGGUCUUCAUUAAAAGCAAGAGGAAUUUUAUAAGCUGAGCACCAUUAGCUUGAUAAAGAUAGAUUGUUCAGCGUUUAACUCUGCGGCAGCACAGAACAUUUACAUCAGUCUUUAAAUGUAUGACACACACGUUCGCAUGUGCUCAGUUGAUCUAUGAAAAGUAGGAAAAUUAUAUGGUUAUCACUGCAUCAGUUUUCUCAUAUAUCAUGUGUGUGUGUUUUUUUUCUUUAGUUCUCCUGUGAAAGUGAAAUCGGUUUUCAAAUAUUUAUCCCUAUAAUAGCCAACUUAUUUAUUUUCAA